AUGGAGAGAGGAGAUAUUGCUAUCGCCAGAUAUACAUUUCUGGAAUUGGCAAAAGAAAUAGAAAAUUGGGACAACGUCGUCUUUAUAGAUGAGACAUGGCUGAAUGCCAAUCACACCGUCACUAAAAUGUGGACAGAUAGAUGGGAAGGGAAAGGGGAAAGACUUAUUAUUUGCCAUGCUGGAAAUUCAAAAGGAUUUAUACCGAAUUGUCUUCUGGCUUUGAAAUCUAAAAAGACUAACGAAUAUCACGAAGAGAUGAAUUCAGAAAAAUUUGAAGGAUGGUUUAUGACUUUAAUAGAAAAUCUUAAAGAACCCAGUAUUAUAAUAAUGGACAACGCGAAGUACCAUUCUCGACAAGUUAAUAAACCUCCAACGUCACAAGACAACAAAGCCACUAUAGUGGAAUGGCUAAAUAACAAUAACGUGCCCGCCGACAUGACAAUGCUAAAAGAAAAACUGUUGAUUCUUCUUAGAGAGCAUAAACCACCGACACCCACAUAUUAUUUAGACGAGAUGGCCAAGGCGCAUGGGCACCGUGUAUUAAGAUUGCCUCCGUACCAUUGCCAAUACAAUGCAAUUAAACUAAUUUGGGCACAAGUUAAAGGAUUUGCUGCAAAAAACAACACGUCUCCUCCAUUGACGGCGAACAAAAUGUUAACAUUAUUGCAAACUGCCUGCCAUCACGUCACCGGUGAAAAUUGGGCGAAAGUAGUUGAAAAGACCAAAAAUACAAUAGUAGAGGACUGGGAGCGGUACGUCAGAAUAGAUCGGUGGAAAAACCAACUCAUAAUAAAUGUCGGCGAAAGCGACACGGCAAGCGACUCUGACAGUGAUUUCUCAGAUAGUGAAUUAAAAAAAAUACUAUUCAAAUUUUGUUUCAUUUUACCUAAUAACCACUGUGUAAAACAUACAUUUAAUAAAAUGCAUUUAUGA